AUUAUACACUAAGAUUGCGAAUGUCCGUCGCCUGAGUUUUCCAUAAUGUACUUCGAGAUGAAGAACGAGGGGAAUGCAUGCACGCUAGCAAUGAAAAACAAUGGUCCGAGAUUUGCGUUUGCCCCGCAACCAGCUCCCUCAAGAGCUUCGCGACAAGGUUUACGACUCUGUAUUUACGUCGACUCGAGUAACAUUUGGUCAAAGGCCUAUCAGCCGACAUAACCAUAAAAGCAUCAAGCCAGCGACGCAUUUCCUAGCUCUGCUUCACGUCUGCCGCCAAAUCUUCGAGGAAACCAAAUAUGUCUGCCUUGGACGAGUCUUAUUCAACUUCGAACGAGUCGAAAGCCUUCUAGACAAGUUCUCAUCCAUUCCUUCGAAUACCGUAUCACAAAUCCGACAUGUCCGUACCAGAGGAUACCCUCUGGUCCUGAUAUUCCACGAGGACCACGGUGUCCAUGACAGACUUGUAUGGGCACUCAAGUUACUUCCCAGCUUGCAACUAGACACUCUUACGGUUCUUGGUUCAUGGGAUGGCUAUAUAGAUUGCGAUAAUCUGAACGGCUUAAUUUCACAUGGAAACGGAUGGAAAGAGUUGCGAUACAUCUCCAAAGACUCAACCGUACUUCAAUUCAAGGGCGAUCAGAUCCUUAAGGGUGAUCGCUACUGGGGAGAGCCCCAGCCCGAUACUUGGAGAAUAUGUUGUUAUCGCGCGACGGCAUCGAUUCCCAAGCAAAUGUCACCAUACACCAAGCGACCGAGGAAAAGUAUUGCUUCGCUGGGGAACUUAGGGGUACAAGAAGAUGCACAGCUUGUGGGUGAUGACCAGACCAAGAGAGAAGUAUUGGUAGUUGUGAAACGAGGUCGUGCUGCAGACAUUUCAGAGCCCGAGAAUGGUCCGUACCACUCGGACGACAUCAGAACGUGGCCAGACCUAAUGGCGUGGCCCGCGAUCAAGAGAAAGCACACCAAUGACGGCAAUUACCAGGACUCGGAUGAAGGAUACUUGAAAGAAGAAGAAGACUUCGAGGAAGAUGCUUAUGAUGAAGUCAACGAAUACAUAUGA